AGUUUUUGUGUCUCUUUUGGAAGUCUGAGCAGCUAUGGGAGGUAUUGUAGAAGAUCGAGAGACGGCAGGUGCCCCAGAUGGUGGAUGGGGCUGGGUUGUUCUUUUAGGAGGUUUUGUCAUCACCGGCUUUUCAUAUGCCUUCCCAAAAGCUAUAAGUGUUUAUUUCAAAGAACUGAUGCAUGACUUUGGCUGUGGAUAUAAAGACACAGCCUGGAUUUCAUCAAUAAUAUUGGCUAUGCUCUACGGUUCAGGUCCCAUUUCCAGCAUCAUGGUCAACAAGUUUGGAUGCCGUCCAGUCAUGUUGGUUGGAGGAUUACUGGCCUCACUUGGGAUGAUAAGUGCAUCUUUUGCUACUAGCAUUAUCCAUCUUUACAUCACUGCAGGUGUCAUCACAGGUCUUGGACUGGCAUUGAACUUCCAACCAUCACUGAUUAUGCUGGGGUCUUAUUUUGACAAGCGCAGACCACUUGCCAAUGGACUGGCUGCAGCUGGAAGCCCGGUAUUUCUGUCAGUCCUGUCUCCGUUAGGACAAUUACUGCUCGAUCAGUAUGGAUGGAGAGGAGGCUUUCUCAUUACCGGUGGUCUUCUGCUCAACUGUUGCACAUGUGGUGCUGUUAUGAGACCAUUGAAGGUUAAAGAAAGGAAAGCCUGUAAUCAAGAGCUGAAGGAAAUGCUGCCUCAUGAGGCUGGACAGGAGAAUAUAGUUUGUGAAAACAAUAAUGAUAAAAAGCCCAAUAAAAAGAAGCUUCUGGACUUCAGUGUACUUUGUGACAAAGGGCUUAUUAUCUAUAUUAUCGCAAAAUUCAUAGUCGUUCUUGGUUUAUUUGUUCCGACUAUUCUGUUAGUCAACUAUGCUAAGGACCAAGGAGUGCCUGACAAGGAGGCUGCCUUUUUGUUGUCUAUUAUAGGAUUCAUUGACAUCUUUGCUCGUCCUACGUGUGGCGUUGUGGCAGGUUUAAAAUGGGUCCGACCCAAGAUGUCGUAUUUCUUCAGCCUGGCCUUGCUCUUCAAUGGCCUGACAGAUGUGUGUUCAGCUACGAGCACAGACUAUAAGGGGCUGAUUAUCUUUUGUGUGUUUUUCGGCCUGUCUUAUGGCAUGGUGGGAGCUCUACAAUUUGAAGUGCUGAUGGGUAUUGUGGGAACAAGCAAGUUUUCUAGUGCACUAGGCCUAGUGCUCCUCUUUGAGGCAGUGGCUGUGCUGAUUGGACCUCCCUCUGCUGGUUAUUUGGUGGAUAAAUACAAGAACUAUGAACUGAUUUUUUACAUGGCUGGGGGAGAGCUGAUCACUGCUGGAAUAUUUCUGGCCCUUGCUUCAUUCUGCUGUAUUAGCCAAAAGAAACGCAAAGACUCACCACAAACACAUCAGACAGAUGUGGAAGUCAAUCCUAAAAGAUAAGCAGUAAAGAGAGAGAUUGUUGUUGUUUUUUGAAGUGGGACAUUUUGUUUAGCUAUUUAUGUUAUUGAAGUGAGUGUCUUGUUACAUGAGCGUGUUUAUGUUUUCUAAUUCCUGCAUAUUAAUUUGUACUAUUUCACAAAUCAGUGGAAACAUAUUGAAU